CCUCAUUGGGGUGGAGGAGGAGGAGGUGGAGAGAAGAAACCAGCUUAGCAGCGGCAGCACGAUCGCCACCGCCAAAUAAUGCAGUAAGAGUAAGAGUCGGGGCUGAUGAGAUUGAAAGUAGCCCCCCUCUCCGAGGAGCCCACACCCCCCUCCCCGCGACUGGCCGCGGACCCCCGGGAAUGGACUGCUGAAUUAUGAAGUAUUCUAGAGCCAAUAGCAUAGAAUUGCUGCGCUACUCAAUACUUUAUCUCCUGCUAGUUAUUUAAAUUGGACUUUUAAUAUCCUCCCAGCUGCUCUUGAGACACACAUGGUGCAUUGUUGCCAUUCCCCGGAUUGCAUCUUUGAAACCAAGGCCCUCAGGAACCUUUGUCAAACAAAGAGGCAGCCUCCAGGAAGCCUUCCUAGUGGGGGAUUCAGUUUGACUGCCUUCUAGCUUUCUUCGGCCUGGGCCGUCUUUGAAUUCCACCAUGGAGUACCGAAUGGAGUCUUGCUUGGCACAGGUGUUGCAGAAAGAUGUGGGGAAACGAUUACAAGUGGGCCAAGAACUAAUAGACUAUUUCUCAGACAAGCAGAAGUCGGCUGAUCUUGAACAUGAUCAGACCAUGUUAGAUAAACUUGUGGAUGGACUUGCUACUUCUUGGGUGAACUCUAGUAAUUAUAAGGUCGCACUUCUGGGGAUGGACAUCCUGUCAGCCUUGGUAUCCCGGCUGCAAGAUCGGUUUAAAGCACAAAUCGGCACAGUGCUACCCAGUCUAAUUGACAGGUUGGGCGAUGCUAAAGAUUCAGUGAGAGAGCAAGACCAGACCCUGCUGCUGAAGAUGAUGGAACAAGCUGCCAGCCCUCAGUAUGUAUGGGACAGAAUGUUAGGAGGGUUCAAACACAAGAAUUUCCGCACCAGGGAAGGUGUUUGUCUCUGCCUUAUUGCAACACUGAAUGCCUCUGGAGCCCAUACUUUAACACUAAGUAAGAUUGUGCCACAUAUAUGUAAUUUACUUGGAGAUCCAAAUGGCCAGGUUCGAGACUCAGCAAUAAACAGCUUAGUGGAAAUUUACAGACAUGUAGGAGAACGUGUGAGGGCAGAUCUCAGUAAAAAAGGAUUACCACAGUCUCGGUUAAAUGUAAUUUUUACAAAAUUUGAUGACGUCCAAAGAUCUGGUAACAUGAUACAGUCUGCAAGUGAUAAGAAUUUUGAUGAUGAAGACUCUGUGGAUGGGAAUAGGCCUCCUUCAGCCAGCUCUUCUACAUCUUCAAAGGCCCCCCAAAGCUCACGAAGAAACAUUGCAAUGGGAACCACUCGCCGCAUUGGACCUGUUGCCCUGGGUUCUAAGUCAUCUGCUGCAAAAGAAGGAGCUGGUGCUGUUGAUGAGGAAGACUUUAUUAAAGCAUUUGAUGAUGUACCAGUAGUACAGAUUUAUUCCAGUCGAGAUCUUGAAGAAUCUAUAAAUAAAAUUAGAGAAAUCUUAUCUGAUGACAAACAUGACUGGGAACAGAGAGUAACAGCUCUGAAAAAGAUUCGAUCCUUACUUUUGGCUGGAGCUGCUGAAUAUGAUAAUUUCUUUCAACAUUUGCGGCUGUUGGACGGAGCAUUUAAAUUAUCUGCUAAAGACCUACGGUCUCAAGUUGUCCGGGAAGCUUGUAUUACGCUGGGGCAUCUUUCAUCAGUUCUUGGAAACAAGUUUGAUCAUGGAGCUGAAGCCAUCAUGCCAACCAUCUUUAAUUUAAUCCCAAACAGUGCCAAAAUCAUGGCCACAUCUGGUGUUGUAGCUGUUAGGUUAAUUAUUCGACAUACACACAUCCCUAGGCUAAUACCUGUCAUAACUAGCAACUGUACGUCCAAAUCUGUCGCAGUUAGAAGGCGCUGUUUUGAAUUUUUAGAUUUGCUUUUACAAGAAUGGCAAACUCAUUCACUAGAAAGACACAUAUCAGUAUUAGCAGAAACAAUAAAGAAGGGAAUACAUGAUGCUGAUUCUGAAGCAAGAAUAGAAGCAAGAAAAUGUUAUUGGGGUUUCCACAAUCACUUCAGUAGAGAAGCAGAACAUUUAUACCAUACAUUGGAGUCAUCUUAUCAGAAAGCUCUGCAGUCACAUUUGAAGAACUCAGAUAGCAUUGUGUCCUUGCCUCAGUCGGAUCGUUCCUCUUCUAGUUCUCAAGAAAGCCUAAACCGUCCAUUGUCUGCCAAAAGAAGCCCAACUGGGAGUUCCACAUCUCGAGCUUCUACAGUCAGUACCAAAUCUGUUUCAACAACUGGAUCCCUGCAGCGGUCUCGAAGUGACAUUGAUGUAAAUGCAGCAGCCAGUGCCAAAUCAAAAGUCUCCACUGCUGGCUCCACCCCUUUCAGUUCAGCAGCUGCCUUGCCUCCAGGAUCAUAUGCAUCAUUAGGCCGGAUUCGCACGCGACGGCAGAGUUCUGGGAGCGCGGUCAGUGUCACCACAACCCCUGAUAACCGUGGCCGAAGCAGAGCUAAAGUGGUUUCACAGUCUCAGCGAUCCAGAUCUGCUAAUCCUGCUGGUGCUGGUAGCCGAUCAAGCUCCCCAGGAAAACUGUUGGGAAGUUCUUAUGGUGGACUCACAGGAGGAUCUGCCAGAGGUACACCUGUACCCUCAUCUGCAGAUAAACGGAGCAAGAUCCCAAGGAGUCAGGGAUGUAGUCGAGAAACAAGUCCUAGCCGCUUGGGUGGACAAGCACGGAGCAGCCGUAUCCCUCGACCCAGCAUGAGUCAGGGGUGCAGCCGCGAUACCAGCCGUGAGAGCAGCCGAGAUACAAGCCCUGCUCGGGGCUUCGCUCCACUGGCCUCUCGACGUCAUUCCAGGUCCACUAGUGCUCUCUCCACUGCUGAAUCUGUUGGGCAGUCAGAUCGGUUUGGGUUUGGGCAGCCGGGAAGGAUGCCUGGUUCUGUCAAUGCUAUGCGAGUUCUAAGUACAAGUACAGAUCUGGAAGCAGCUGUUGCUGAUGCCCUGAAAAAGCCAGUGAGGAGACGAUAUGAACCAUAUGGGAUGUAUUCCGAUGAUGAUGCUAACAGUGAUGCAUCAAGUGUUUGCUCUGAGCGUUCAUAUGGCUCCAGAAAUGGAGGAAUUCCUCACUAUCUACGACAAACUGAAGAUGUAGCAGAGGUUCUAAACCACUGUGCUAGUUCAAACUGGUCUGAAAGAAAAGAAGGACUUCUUGGACUACAGAACUUACUGAAGAGCCAAAGAACACUAAGUCGAGUUGAAUUAAAAAGGCUGUGUGAGAUCUUCACUAGAAUGUUUGCUGACCCUCACAGCAAGAGAGUUUUCAGUAUGUUCCUCGAGACUCUAGUGGACUUUAUAAUAAUCCAUAAAGAUGACUUGCAAGACUGGCUUUUUGUUCUUCUGACACAAUUACUUAAGAAAAUGGGAGCAGAUUUACUUGGAUCUGUACAAGCAAAAGUUCAAAAAGCUCUAGAUGUAACAAGGGAUUCCUUUCCAUUUGAUCAGCAGUUUAACAUUUUGAUGAGAUUCAUUGUGGAUCAAACACAAACGCCAAACCUUAAGGUCAAGGUUGCAAUUCUGAAAUACAUUGAGUCUCUGGCCAGGCAGAUGGAUCCAACAGACUUUGUAAACUCUAGUGAAACAAGACUUGCCGUUUCAAGAAUCAUAACCUGGACAACAGAACCAAAGAGUUCAGAUGUGAGAAAGGCAGCACAAAUUGUGCUGAUUUCUCUGUUUGAACUGAACACUCCAGAGUUUACCAUGUUACUUGGUGCCUUGCCAAAAACAUUCCAGGAUGGUGCCACCAAACUUCUACACAACCACCUGAAGAAUUCCAGUAACACAAGUGUGGGCUCUCCAAGCAAUACCAUUGGUCGAACUCCUUCAAGACACACCAGUAGUAGGACCAGCCCCUUGACUUCACCUACCAACUGUUCCCAUGGUGGUCUGUCACCAAGUCGGUUCUGGGGUUGGAGUGCCGAUGGGCUGUCGAAGCACCCACCUCCCCUUUCUCAGCCUAACUCCAUCCCCACAGCUCCUUCCCACAAGACUUUCAGGCGCUCUUACUCUCCCAGGUAACAAGCUACCUUAUGCUUGGACUAUGACACAGAGAACUUGAAUUCAGACGAAAUCUAUAGCUCUCUGCGUGGAGUAACAGAAGCCAUAGAAAAGUUUGGUUUCCGGAGCCAGGAGGAUCUGAAUGAGCCUAUUAACGAGAUGGACAAAAAAGACUGUGAUAUUGUUUCACGAGACGGUGGGAUAGCCUCACCUGCCACUGAUCUGCGAGGAGGAAGUGACGUGGUAGAAGGAGGAAGGAACAGCUCUCGAUAACAAACCUCACUCCUCAACACCCAGCCUCCACGAGCCUUCACAGGGCCCCGAGCUCGAGACUACAGCCCCUAUCCUUACUCCGAUACAGUCAACACCUAUGACAAGACGGCUCUGAAAGAAGCCGUAUUUGACGAUGACAUGGAUCAGCUUCGUGAUGUACCCAUUGACCUUGAUUUGGUGGCUGAUCUUCUGAAAGAAUUAUCCAAUCACAAUGAAAGAGUAGGAAGGAAAGGAGCCUUAUUAGAAUUACUUUAAGAUUACCGAGAAGAUAACCUAGGAGUUUGGGAAGAACACUUCAAAACAAUUCUGCUCUUGCUGCUAGAAACACUUGGAGACAAAGAUCAUUCAAUACGGGCAUUAGCGUUGCGAGUAUUACGGGAAAUUCUGAGAAACCAACCGGCAAGAUUUAAAAACUAUGCUGAACUGACAAUCAUGAAAACACUGGAGGCACAUAAAGAUUCCCACAAAGAGGUUGUGAGAGCUGCAGAGGAAGCUGCUUCAACAUUGGCCAGUUCUAUACACCCUGAGCAGUGUAUCAAAGUACUUUGCCCAAUCAUCCAGACUGCAGACUACCCCAUCAAUCUAGCUGCCAUUAAGAUGCAGACCAAAGUUAUCGAGAGGAUUUCCAAGGAGUCCUUGCACCAGCUCCUCCCUGACAUCAUCCCAGGCUUGCUACAGGGCUAUGACAACACGGAAAGUAGUGUUCGUAAGGCCAGUGUGUUUUGCUUAGUGGCAAUUUAUUCUGUAAUCGGAGAAGAACUGAAGCCUCACCUUGCACAGCUCACAGGGAGCAAGAUGAAGCUAUUAAACUUGUAUAUAAAGAGGGCCCAAACCACCAAUAGCAACAGCAGUUCAUCUUCAGAUGUUUCGACGCACAGUUAAUGGAAAUAUCUGGACCUAUUUGUGUAUACUUAGAAGCAAUCAGUGGUGCCUCUCUGAGAGACCUUUCUUCUCCCCUUUUCUUCAUUGGCACGCCCAAUCAGUACAAGGAGGCCACACAGAUAUUUAUUGCAAUCAGUAUUUUGGUCCUUUCAAGCUUUUGUGUAGAAUCUUAUUGGUAUUGAAUGUAAAGGAAGCAAGGCCUGUAUUGCAGUCUUCAUACAAAAAAAAAAAGGAAAAGGAAAAAAAAAACAACCCAGCCAUAACAUGUUUGUGCAGCCUGCUGAAAUCUUUAAAAAGGGGUUCAGGUCACAGUGUUAUAAAAAUGAGACCCUCUGGCAGUUUCUUGGUUUAAACUAAAGUGAUUAAUCUGUUUUGAGUUAAGUUGAUACAGAUUUGGGGUUUGGGGAUCGUGUCAGUUUCUUCAUAAUAUUUUGUUUCAUUAUGGGUGUGACCCUUGGCUAGAUUCUGCGCCUUUCACAAAGGAAACAAUGAAAGUGGUGUGUGUAUUUAAGUUGUUGUUUGAAGCCUACCGAAAUGUGAAUUAUGUCUUAGAAAACAUUUAAAAUUAAAAACAGCCUUUUACUGUGUUACUACUAAUUGCCCCAAAGGUUUUCAUUUUCAGUCUUUGAGCUGUAUAUAAAGUGCCCUAGCUUUUUAGUAUAGAUUCUGAAAACUGAUGACUCUUUGGUAUUGACUUCAAGCGGAGGCUCACUUCCUUUAAUUACGUAGUAUCUGUUCCAGGGCUUAAAACUUCUUGACAGCUACUUUAAAGUUCAGUAUCCAAAAACAAAAGGCAAAAGGAAGUCAUAAAAUCCUUUAGUGAAAUUCUACUUGCAAGAAUUGUAGGAGAGAGCUUACUCUAGGGAUCUUUGGGGAAAUAAUUUAAUACUACCCAUGGGAUAAAUCUAGAGACCUUAAGUUGAGGUCUAGAUUCUAAGAAUUACAAUAAUUGUUCUCUAGUGACCCAUUGAUAUUUGGUAUUUUAUUCUUGGUUUAGUUUACCCUGGAGUUUCAAGGUAAAAAUUUUCUCAAUUCAUAAGAGUUUUAGAGUUUGACUUUUCUUUUUAGGUAGAAUCAGAGACUAUAGGGGUAACCCCAAUAGAUCAUGACUCAGUCAUUUCUCAUUCUAUAAACAAAAAUUAUUCUCUGUUGAUCUGUUGAAAUAAAAUCUAAGUUCAUUGACAAAGAAAAUUUCAUGUCCAUUAUAGUAGGCAGUAGUGAGAAGAGGGAAUCCUAAAAUUCGUCUCCAAGUAAAUGGCGAAUAAAUUAAUCUUAUAGGAUAUAAAACUUCACAGCUCUCCCUGUUAGCCCUCUCUACAGCUUACCUGACAAGUUUAGAAUUCAGAGCAUAGACUAGAAGAUGGGAGAAAAUACAUAACUUUUUCCUUAUUCUAAAAUUAUUUUAGAUAUUUUAGUAAAAAUAUAUAGGAUGCACUGAGAAUUAAUGCACUGGAAUGUCCAUAAACUAUGUAGCAAGUGUUCUCACAUUACAGGAUGGACUUUUAAAGUGUAAUUUAAAUAUGUAGGAAAUACACAGCUGCUCCUGUUAGAAUUCAGUGGUGGAAAAUAUUCCACUGAUACAAUCAACACUUGCCAUUUGGUUGGAAUACUAAUUUAUUUUAGGAAAGAGCAACAAGGGAAAACCCUAAUUUUUCUGAGAAAGAUUUUUUGCAAUCAUAUUUAAACUUUAAAAAUGUCAAUUCUUAUCCUUCUGUAAUAUCUGUCCACUCUAAAGCAUGUUGAAUGAAAAUAAGUGAUGAUGGCUGUCUUAAAUGAGUUAAAUUUUAUCUGAUGUCUAAGAAAACUAAUGGCAGACAAGUGUGGUUGAAUGUUAUUGGCAUGAUUUGGGGCUGGCAAAAUAUAGGACCAGGCCUUUACUUUCUUGAUCAAAUAAUAUUUUGUUUGUUGACAGAUAUUCAUUAGAUGUGAUUUUUCUUUCACUACACAAGUCAGUCAAAUAUUCUUUAUUCUCUGCUGUAGAAAUGUGUUGGCACCAUAGAAGAAACAUUCUGGUUAGAUUAUUUAUCAAUUCAUUUAAAUAUAAUGUACAUAGUAAGUUUCCCCCUCUCCCUCCCUUCCCUUUUUCCCCUAAAGAGUCCACAUCCCUCUGUCAUUUAGGUUGGGAAGUAUCUUGAAUGUUGCCUAAUUUCCUUGUAGUACUCAAAGGGCUAGCCAUGAACACCACUUGCAUAACCUUCAAUCUCUUAACUUACCAAAGAGAGAGAGAAUGUACAAUCAGUUGUCAGCAAACAUCAAAGUCUCUUGGCUUACAGAUCUGGAAACUCUGAUAUACACCAAGGAGAGCAAAUCUGCAUGCUGCCCAUCACAUCAUCCUGAAGGUGAGAGCAGAGCCCAGCUGCCCCAGCCAAAUCUCAGCAACUGUAGCUGCCUUUCCUUGCCUCUCCUGUCCUUCGGGGCUCUUGCUAAUUUAAAAAAAGAAUAAAAGAAAGAACAAAAAAGAAAGGAAAGGAAUUCAACAGAAACUUUGCCUUCCCAGCUUACCAACUCUGAAUUUCAGUGCCCUGGAAAAGCCCUUCACUCUCUGGGACCUCGGGGUUGCUAUCCAUUGUGCUAUUGACAUCACCACUAAGCUAGGGCAUGGGCAAACCACUUGAUCCGUACUCCCCCCCAGGUUUUAAGUACUGUAGUUCUCAUGUAGUGCAGAAGUAUUGAGGCAUGUGGCUUUCUCAAAGUACACCAUGUGUGCUUGGCUGGACGAUAAAUGACAAUACAAGACUGUCUUUUCUAUUGCUUACUAUUAGCUUCUCAAUAACCUGUAUAAGUAAUGCAAACUUGCAUCUUUGUCAUAUAAAACUUCUUUUCCUUUCCCCAGUACCCUUUAUUUAUCAAGCAUAAUAUUACAUAUUAAAGGACAGCAAAAAGAACGUUGUAGAAUUACAGCUGGACUUUGCUAACAAUAAUGUUUGGAAAUAAAAAGGAAAAGCUACGAAAAAUGUCAGCCACCAGAAUGGUUUUGUUUCCAGUGUGUUCACACGCAUGGUUCCCCACACAGACAUACACACAGACACAAAGACACAUACACAUACUUUUUUUUUUGCUUUUGUCAUGUUACAUCCAUAUCUGUAUUUAUAUCUUAAUAUUUGUUUCACUUUUAAGUGUAUCAUGGCAAAUGUACAGAUGUUUUUGUUAACAUUAACGUGAUAGGAUUUGCUAAAAAAAAAAAAGACAAAAAAAAACCCUUUUGAGUUUGCCCUAGAAUAAAUAAAGCUUACAUUUAAUUUCUUGUGA